AUGGCGGCUUCUGCCCCUGCCUCAGGGCGCUUCCCAACAUUUAUUCUCGACUUUUUGAGGAAGACCAACAAACGCUACGCCAUGUCCGGUGCUCGCCAACGGAGGCAGCCAACGGAUGCGCAGCCGGAGAAUAGAGAGGUUACUGCUGAGCUGGCCGUGAAGCAGCCUGCAGAGGCAAUUCGAAGACUGCUGGUCUGGGACGAAUUGCCGACUUGGCUGCGCGACAACCACCACAUCUAUAGCGGCUACCGGCCAGCAUCGUCCUCCUUCCUGGUCUCUUUCCAGUCACUGGCCUACCUUCACAAUGAAAGUGUCAACAUCUACACUCAUCUGCUGCCAGCGCUGUUAACUAUCCCGGCCGGAGUCCGCUUGUAUCAAGUCCUUUCACCGCGCUACAGCUCCGCGUCCAGCGCCGACAUCUCCGCCUUUGCGUGCUUCUUUGUCGGUGCAGCCUUUUGUCUCGGCAUGUCAGCGACCUACCACACCAUCGCGAAUCACUCGCCGGCUGUUGCGCGCAUUGGGAAUGCCCUGGACUACGUAGGCAUUGUUGGUCUCAUCACGGGCAGCUUCAUCCCCAGCAUCUACUAUGGCUUCUACUGCAUGCCCGUCCUACAGACGAUUUACUGGGCCAUGAUCACCACCAUCGGGCUCGGGUGCACUUGCGUCUGCGUAAUGCCUCGGUUUCGAACACCCGAAUGGCGACCUUUCCGAGCAGGCAUGUUUGUAUCGAUGGGCUUGUCGGCCAUCUUUCCAGUCAUUCACGGCUUGUGGUUGUACGGUGCGACGCAGAUGACCUAUCAGAUCGGCCUCGAUUGGCUCUUGUUUCAGGGCUUUCUUUACAUCCUUGGCGCGACCAUCUACGCAGCUCGCGUGCCAGAGCGCCUGUGGCCGGGAAAGUUCGACAUCGUGGGCAGUUCGCAUCAGAUCUUCCACGUCCUAGUCUUGCAGUCACCGAACUACCCGGAAAAGCCCCGAAUGCGCGCGGCUUGCGAUGCUUGUCGCCAAUCCAAGGUACGCUGCUCGGGCGGCCAAGUCUGCGUGCGCUGCGAGAAGCAUGACUUCCAGUGUACCUACAGCAUUGCCAGCCGCGCUGGCAAGCCCAAGGGCAGUAAGAACAAGGCCACAUUGAAGAAGCUCGAGAAUAUUCAGGUCUCUAAACGGAAUGCAUCUUCUAAGGAGAAGGUAGCCGCCUGGACAACAGCACCCAAGGUCCCUUCCAAUCAAAAUCCAAUAGACCGCCGGGGAAGUGAUUCGGCGUCUACUACUAUGCAUUAUGAGAUGGCUUGGUCACCCCAAGGCCACACGACCAACAGAUCGAACCGCAAGUAUAGCUUGCCGGGAAGAACCAGUUCGUGUAUCUCGCCAAUUUCUACCGGGUACAGACCCUACACAUGGGAAGGAGGACUAUCCAUUGACCUGGAAAGCUUUGGUUCUAUGGAAACUCCCUACAUAUCGCCGGUGCAUUCUCAGUACGUGCAAUCACCGGACGACGAGUCUACCAAUUGGUCCAGUGUGCGGACAGAACCAGUAACACCGGUUGAUAUAUGUGGAUGCAUGCACCAGCAAGCUCUGAGCCAGAACAAACUGUACAGUCUCGGCCGCGAUCCGUCGCAGUGGCUGUUCGAGCCAACGAUCGACGUCGUGAUUUCGUCGCUCUCAUCAUGUCAGUUACUGUUCAAUUGUGCGCUAUGCUCAAAGGAGACGAAUAAUCUGCUCGCGGCUACUUCCUUGCUCGACCGCCUCUUCACUGUUCUGGCCCAGACAGUGUUUCAAGCCGUGCCUACCAGCCUACAAGAUCCAAGCAUGGGGCGUGUUCCUAGUACUGUCCCUCGCGACUGCACACCAACAACCCGGAAGUCCCUGGUUGAUCGGUCUCUGAAAACCGCGCGUGAAACGCUUGACUUACUAAAGGGUCUUCUUGAUCCGAGCGCAGAUCUCUACACUGUCAACGGGCAUGUAGAAACACCUUUUUUUACAGCUUUUGCGAAUACGGACUUGACGCAAAAGAAUUCCACAAACCAGGUCUGGGGAAUAUUUGGUCAAGACACUGGAACUGUUGAACAGCUUUCCCCUCCGAUCUUUGAGGGCGGCGACCCGAGAAACAACGUUGACUCGGGACAGAUGACCCAUCUGCGCGAGUUCGCUUGUCGCUAUGAGUCUAUGCUGGAGAAUCUUCGGGUAGCGGUCUCCUACAAUAUUGCCCCUAAGCCAACCUCGACUUCGACCACCGCCGCAUCAUUUGGGCUGCAGGCAGCUUGGAUUCCUAAUGUUUUCGCGACGUCGAGUGCUCCGCAGAUUCACUAUCCGUCGCCGACUCAACCAUUUCCACACGCAGGUUCCGCUUAUAACGUGGUUGGAUUUUGA